GGGGCGCGCGAGGCGGUGGUUCCGUGCUGGUUCAGGGUCUCAUUCCCCCUCGGUGGGUUUUGGGUUUUCGGUGGGCCCCGGUUGGCGAUCUCGUUCCAGUUUUUCGCACCGCCGUGGCGGGAAGCGGCGGCGAAGGUGGAAGGGGGAGGUCGGUGUCGCCAUUUUGUUUCUUCCCUCUGGCGCCUCGCGCCAGGAGCUGUCCUUCUUUCCUGGUCGAUUUGCAUGGAGUUUUGGGAAGGGACCUUCUUAGAGAUUUCGAGCGUUAGGGGAGGGUGGGAAUGCCCGGGCUCCGCAGCCUCGUCCCGCAGCCUGGGCCCCGCGGUGGGGUCCGCUUUGUCGCAGCGCUGCAUCCGGGCACUUGGUGCGCGCACGCGCCCUGCCGCCCCUCCCCCUGGCAGUGCGUGUUCCCCUUCUCCGCCUCGUGUCGGUCCUGCUUUUUGUCGCGAGACCCUCGGCCGGAGACCGCGCCGCCUGCGUCCGGUUGGGCUUCGGCCUCCCGGUCCCGGGGGAAAGGGCGGGACUGCUGUUCCCGCCUGCUUGCCACGCGGCCGGGGCGGAGGCCCGGGGGUCUGGGCCGCGCUUCCGUGGAGGGGACAGAGAUUGGCCGUCGGGCAUGGGGACCCGGCCCGAGUGUUUUCCCGCCUAAAUUUCUGUUUAAGUGGGGGGAAGCGAAAGAAACGGCCGCGCGAGGCCCACGUCCUCUCCCGGGUUUUCGCCCUUUUCCGCGGGGGAAGGGCCUCGUUUCCUGUACGGAGGAGAUAGAGCUGAUCCUGCGAGUGCGUCUUUGUCGUGGCGUCUUAAACGUGCGUUCUGCUCUGGGCUUGAUCUUGGAGAGCUCUUGGAGACAGAAUUGGAGCCACAGUCUGGAGGUUCCAGGAUGUGAGGACUUCAGCACUGUUACACUGAAACUAAUGUAAUUAUGUUUUUGUUUUGCAGACUAUACCCA